UUAUUGCUCUUAUCUCAUUCGAUACUCUGGAAGAUCACAGAUAAAUGGAGAUAAAGUACUGAAACAGUAGGCCAUUAUUGUGCUUGCAGACCCAAGCAGAAAAUGGGCGAGUAAUUUUUGGUGCUCAAUUGAAAUCAAAUGCUGCUUCUGUGCCAAUUAGCUUGCCUGGAUUUGGAUUUUUUUGGGGCUCAACUGAGAUGGCUCAAUUGUGGUUUGAAAGUGGCAUUUUUGAAAUACUUUCCUAGGAUGAGAGUUUUGAUAAUUAAGUUGAAAUGUGUACAACUGUGACGUGGUUGGUUUUAAUGCACUCUGAUAAGGACAUCUGUUUUUUUUUUUUUUUUUUUUUUUAGAUUUUGUAUUCUGAAAAUCAGUACUUGGGAUAGCACACUGAUAAGGAUGUCUCUUUUCUUUUCUUUAUGUCUUAAAAAGUAUGUUCUGGAUGUUGUAGUGUGGAAUGCAAUAGUAAGAACUCCUUGUUGUGACAGGCAUCAUGAGGGUGGUAGGCUCUCUGAUCAACAAAUGGCAUUGCUGCAAUAUCAGCGAGAAAAUAUCCAUUUUCUAAGUGAGGAGAUUCUCAGAUUACAAGAAUGCUUGAGCAAAUAUCAAAGGUCUGAUGAUGGGAGCACACCUCAGGUUGAUCUUGCUCAUCUAUUAGCAGCUCGUGACCAGGAACUGCGCACAGUGUCAGCUGAGAUGAAUCAACUUCAAUCUGAGCUUAGUCUUGCUAGAUCUCUCAUUUCUGAGAGAGACUCUGAAAUCCAGCGCGUCCAGAGUACAAAUAAUCAGUAUAUUGAGGAGAAUGAAAGGCUGAGGGCCAUUUUGGGUGAAUGGAGUACCCGAGCUGCUAAGCUUGAGCGUGCAUUGGAGGUUGAGCGAAUGUCAAAUUUGGAGUUGCAAAAGAAGUUGGCAACAAUGAAAAGCCAAACAUCGAGGGAAUUAACUGGACGAGUUGACAACUGGCUUGUCAAUUAGGGUAUAUCUGAAACAAAUUCAUUCAUUGAUUCUCUAUGUUGUAUACGAUCGUUUUCUUUUUUCAGCUAGUCUAUGAUGACUGAAUGUCGAUAAAAAAAAAAAAAAGGAGAGCACAGCAAGAAGAGCUGACGACCCAAUGUACAGAUUACCAUUGGCGUUAACGUUAUUAGCUGGACAAUGGAGUGCGUACGUGUUUUUCCUC